GUUGAUUCACUAUCGAUCAUUGGGGAAAGACAGGGCUAGAUUUCCUUGUGGCGGAUAAAUCUGAUGUGUAGGCAACAUGAAUCGGGCGAUCGCGGGGCGCAGAUUAAUUUUAGCACGUUUACAGCUUUCUUUUGGAUUGAUUAUUUUCGCCGAUUAGAUAAACGUAUACAAAUGAAAUAGCUGUUUUUUUUCUCCCGUGUGAAGUGUUUUGGAUCGGACUUGCCAACAUCGCUACUUUGUUUCUCUUAUGGACGUGUGUUACCUAAAAAAGUAGUCGCGUCUUAACAGAGUUCCGCGUCCCGUGAAGUUGGGAGAAGCGAGGCCCGAUCUCUUGACCCGUGGAGUACUCUUGAGUCUCUCUGGAUGGAUGGAUGGGUAUGGGGAGAGCAGGAUCUUACUACCCCGGGGCUGAGCGCCUCAUCUCUCCGGUACUACAUCUACUAGUGCUCUGCACCCUCUCCUCUCUCACUCGCAUAGGUGAGAGCCAGGUCCAAACUCCACAGUGCCGCAUCCAAAAGUGCACCAGUGACUUCGUCUCUCUCACUUCGCAUCUGAACCCUUCCCUGGAUGGCUUUGAUACUGAGUUCUGUAAGGCGCUGCGGGCGUACUCCGCCUGCACCCAGCGGACCGCCAAGAGCUGCAGGGGCAACCUGGUCUUCCACUCUGCCAUGCUGGGCAUCAGUGACCUCAUGAGCCAGAGGAACUGCUCCAAGGAUGGGCCCACAUCGUCUACCCAUCCCGUCAUCCCCAUUGAGCCGUGCAACUAUCACAGCCGCCAUCACCAAGCAUUGCGGCCUGGGACAGGGACAGGGGCUCCAGAGCUCCCAAGAGCGACCUAUCUGUUCUGUGGCCUGUUUGGGGACCCUCAUCUUAGGACUUUCAAAGACCAUUUUCAGACAUGUAAGGUUGAAGGGGCAUGGCCCCUCAUUGAUAACAAUUACCUGUCAGUGCAGGUCACAAAUGUUCCAGUGGUAUAUGGAUCCAGUGCCACAGCAACCAAUAAGGUCACAAUAAUCUUCAAACCAUACCAAGAAUGCACGGACCAGAAGGUCUACCAGGCCGUAACAGACGACCUUCCAGCCGCCUUUGUGGACGGCACCAUCAGCGGGGGCGACAGCGAAACCCGCAGCAUCUGGAUCCUGGAGAAGUCGCCCGGUCGACACGUAGAAAUCCACGCCGCGUACAUCGGUGUCACCAUCAUCGUACGCCAGCAGGGCCGUUACCUGACGCUAGCCGUGCGUAUGCCAGAGGAGCUUGCCAUGGCCUUCGAUGAAACGCAGGACCUGCAGCUUUGCAUGAACGGUUGCCCCACAUCAGAGCGCAUCGACCAAGAGGGACAUCUUCAGAUGCCCAUGCUGGGACUCCAGCAGGCCGGCUUUCAGCAGCAGGCCAGGGUCGAAGCCCAGAGGGGCGUCUUCACCCUCGAAAGCGCAUCCAGGAAGUGCAAGGAGCAACUGGAGGUUAAGGACAUCUAUUUCCACUCCUGCGUGUUUGACCUGCUCACCACAGGAGAUGCCAACUUCACCACUGCCGCCUACAAUGCCCUAAAGGACAUGGAGACUCUGCACCCCAAGAAGGAGCGCUGGCAUAUUUUUCCAAACUCGACCGCUGGGCUGAGGCCGUUUUCAUUACUCCUCAAUGCACUGCUAACCGGCUUCCUCGUCACUGUGCUUUUAUAAUGUGUACAGUGUUUUGAUAACUGUUUCGAAGAAGAAAAAAAGAUGGGAAACGAGACUGUAAAAAGUCAGUACUCUGGGUAAAGGGUGCUUUGUAUAUACUGUCUGUGUGGAGAAUGAAUGUUAGAAUACGAACCUUCAUUAGACUGUACAUUUUGUGUAAAUGAUGUUUUCAAGAGAGCUGAAUAUUGUAGAUUUUUGUGCGUGAAUUUUUGGAGAUUUCAUGUUUUUGUCCUCAGGAGAGGAAAUCUUAAUGGAAGCACUUUAUUUUUAUUUUAUUUUUUUGUUUUUGCAACUAGAAAACAGUGUUCCACGGAACAAGUGCUCAAUAAUCUUUCUUGGUACACUCAGCGCAUUUUCUUUUAAAUACAUUUCUGUAGGUCUCUAUAUACAAAUGGUACUUACCUCACCAUUUUACUCUGUAGAACCGUGUUAAACAGUUUUCACGAUGUGGCUGGCAUAGUGAUUUUCAUAGACAUUUAAAGAAGGAUCAUGUUGACUAGACAUUCACUUUAUCUGUAUUUUUAGUUCUAGUACUCUGAACUGUUGAGUAACGUUGAUCAGCAAAAACAAAGUGAAGAGUUCAGGCGAACGCAGCAGACGUAGGUUGAAGUGCACUUAAUUCAGAAAUGGGAGUUUGUCCGUCGUUGACCUUUGGAAUUGUAUUGGAAGUUCGGUCCAUUUUUUUAAAUGACAAUCAGAAUUUCUUUCGUUUGGUACAAAAUCUACCUAAUGUACGAACACACAACAUCAAUCCUGAAGAGUGCAUUUUAGAGACACCAAAAUAUUUAUGCUAAAAGUUUCAUCUUCUUUCAGACUAAUUUCAGAGUGAGUGGCUCUCAUUGAGUGAACUGGAAAAUGGAUGUUGCAUAAGUGCUAAAGUGGGCCAUGUCUCAUUCCUGGUCACUCAAACGAACUUCCAGAAUGGCUCCUCUCAAGAUUACAUGUAUUAGCUUUGUCCCUUUGCCAAACAAAUAUUGAGUGUUAAGUUCCCUCUAGUCCUUGUUUUAUCCUUGACCAAAGAUAUGACUCAGAACCAACACAGAUAUCAGAUAUUUUGCCAGACAUGCUGUGGGCUUCCCUAUAGAUUUUGUUUCGACCCAAAAAUAUUGGUAUUGUCGUAUGUUUAGCAAGAUAGUGCCAUAAAUCAACUCCCCUGACUUGGUUUUAAAAACCUGAAGUAUGUUCAAUGGAAUUGUGAUUUGGCCUAACAUGUAUUUUAUCUUGAGCCUUGGUUCUUUUGCUGAAUGCACAUCAGCAGUGAUUUCAUUGAGAGCUUCAAAGCAAACGAAGGAAAUGCAGAAACACUUAUGUCUCUAUUUGCUUUGAGUGUGGUAUUUGGCCUGAUGCACACAUAAUUCAUUUGAUGAAAUUGAAUUGUAUACCUUCUGGGCCUUACUGUCCAACUGCUACAGAAGCCAUGCCAACACUCCAGAUACGCACGUUUCCAUACCAAGACUUGCUACUGUAGAGACGUCAUUGUUUAACUACUGCCAGUGCUGAAGAGCUGCUACAAUACUGUGACGAGUGUAAUCGAUUGUAUUUGGAACACUGGGAGUUUCGCAGGCAGUGAUUGGCCGGUUCCGAAGCACGAUCAUUUGAUUGGCCGAUUGGCCUAAAUCAGUGUACAGUGGGAUCUUGUUUCCCCCCAUUAAAAACCAGAACAAGUCAUCAGAGUGCAAUUAAGUAACUGCAAAGGAAAGCCUUCAUCCUGUGUUGUUUUUUUUUUUUUUUUUUGCAUUUCGCAUUUGAUCUUGUGAUCUCUUAUAUUUGUUGUGAACAUUGUUUUUGUGAAGAGUGACUGCUCAAUGUUUAUACUUAAAUUAUUUAUGAAAUAUAGUGUCUUGUUAGAGAAGUUAAGCUCCAUACUCUUGCUGUUGAAAAACGUUUGAGAUGUGAUUGUACUGCCACCUAGUGGGUCACCAUUGUUACAUCAGUGUUUUAGUAUUGUACGGAGGCUGUUUAAAAAAAGGAAGAAAAAAAAGAGGAAAAAAUGUGUUAUUUAAAACAAUAAAUACAUAAAUUCCA